CCCCGCACAGCUGGGACGUGGGCCGCGGGCGGGCGGGCGCAGUUCGGACCCGGCCGGGGACGCGCCGGGGCCUCCGCGGUGGUCGGGGCGUCCGAGCGUCCUCGCGCGCCGUGGCCAUGGCCGUGCGCCCCGCGCGCGCCUGCCUGCUGGCUCUGCUGCUGUGCUACGACUGGGGGUCGCUGGUCGCAGUGGCCCAGAGGCCGGGCGCCGGGUGCCCGAGCCGCUGCCUCUGCUUCCGCAGCACCGUGCGCUGCAUGCAUCUGCUCCUGGAGGCCGUGCCGGCCGUGGCGCCGCAGACCUCCAUUCUGGACCUCCGCUUCAACCGGAUCCGAGAGAUCCAGCCCGGAGCGUUCCGGAAGCUGAGGAACCUGAACACGCUGCUGCUGAACAACAACCAGAUCCGGAGCAUCCCCGGCGGGGCCUUCGAGGACCUGGAGAACCUGAAGUAUCUCUAUCUGUACAAGAAUGAGAUCCAGGCGAUUGACAGGCAAGCCUUUCAGGGACUUUCCUCCCUAGAGCAACUGUACCUGCACUUCAACCAGAUAGAAACCCUGGACCCCGAGUCCUUCCGGCACUUGCCGAAGCUGGAGAGGCUGUUCCUGCACAACAACCGCAUCACACACUUGGUCCCAGGGACGUUCAACCACUUGGAGUCCAUGAAGAGACUGCGCCUGGACUCGAACGCCCUGCACUGCGACUGCGAGACCCUCUGGCUGGCGGACCUGCUGCAGACGUACGCCCGUUCCGGGAACGCGCAGGCCGCCGCCACCUGUGAGCACCCGCGCCGCCUGCAGGGCCGGUCAGUGGCCACCAUCACGCCAGAGGAGCUGGACUGUGAGAGGCCCCGGAUCACGUCUGAGCCCCAGGAUGCCGACGUCACCUCGGGGAACACCGUGUUCUUCACCUGCAGAGCCGAGGGCAACCCCAAACCCGAGAUCAUCUGGCUGCGGAACAACAACGAGCUGAGCAUGGGGACGGACUCGCGCCUGAACCUGCUGGACGACGGGACCCUGAUGAUCCGAGACACGCAGGAGGCGGACCAGGGCGUGUACCAGUGCAUGGCCAAGAACGCGGCCGGGGAGGUGAAGACGCAGGAGGUGACCCUCCGCUACUUCGGGGCUCCAGCCCGGCCCACCUUCGUGAUCCAGCCGCAGAACACGGAGGUGCUGGUCGGCGAGAGCGUGACGCUGGAGUGCAGCGCCGCGGGCCACCCACUGCCGCGGAUCUCCUGGACCAGGGGCGACCGCUCGCCCCUGCCCGCGGACCCCCGCGUGAGCACCACGCCCUCCGGCGGCCUCUUCAUCCAGAACGUGGCGCAGGAGGACGGCGGCGAGUACACCUGCUUCGCCGCCAACAGCCUGGACAGCAUCCACGCCACGGCCCUCAUCAUCGUCCAGGCCCUUCCCGAGUUCACGGUGACCCCUCAGGACAGAGCUGCGAUCGAGGGCCAGACUGUGGACUUCCAGUGCGAGGCCAAGGGCUACCCUCAGCCUGUCAUCGCGUGGACGAAAGGAGGGAGCCAGCUGUCUGUGGACCGGCGGCACCUGGUGCUGUCGUCGGGCACGCUGCGGAUCUCGGGCGUCGCCCUGCACGACCAGGGCCAGUAUGAGUGCCAGGCUGUCAACAUCAUCGGCUCCCAGAGGGUUGUGGCCCACCUGACGGUCCAGCCCCGAGUCACACCGGUGUUCAGCAGCAUCCCCGGCGACCAGACGGUGGAGGUGGGCACCAGUGUGCAGCUGCCCUGCAGCUCUCAGGGGGAGCCAGAGCCAGCCAUCACCUGGAACAAGGAUGGGGUGCAGGUGACGGAAAGUGGGAAAUUCCACAUCAGCCCCGAGGGGUUCCUGACCAUCCACGAUGUGGGGACUGCCGACGCAGGCCGCUACGAGUGUGUGGCCCGGAACACCAUUGGGCAGGCCUCGGUCAGCAUGGUGCUCAGCGUGAGUGUCCCUGAUGUCAGUCGGAACGGGGACCCGUUUGUGGCCACGUCCAUUGUGGAAGCCAUCGCGACCGUCGACAGGGCCAUAAACUCCACGCGGACACACCUGUUUGACAGCCGACCUCGCACCCCCAACGACCUGCUGGCCCUGUUCCGCUACCCGAGGGACCCCUACACCGUGGAGCAGGCGCGCGCGGGCGAGAUAUUCGAGCGGACGCUGCAGCUGAUCCAGGAGCACGUGCGGCACGGCCUCAUGGUGGACCUCAACGGAACGGGUUACCACUACAACGACCUGGUGUCUCCGCAGUACUUGAGCCUCAUCGCCAACCUGUCGGGCUGCACGGCGCACCGGCGCGUGAACAACUGCUCCGACAUGUGCUUCCACCAGAAGUACCGGACGCACGACGGCACCUGCAACAACCUGCAGCACCCCAUGUGGGGCGCCUCACUGACCGCCUUCGAGCGCCUGCUGAAGGCCGUGUACGAGAACGGCUUCAACACCCCUCGGGGCGUGAACCCGGGCCGGCUGUACCACGGGCACGCGCUCCCCAUGCCGCGCCUGGUGUCCACCACCCUGAUCGGGACCGAGACCAUCACGCCCGAUGCGCAGUUCACCCACAUGCUCAUGCAGUGGGGCCAGUUCCUGGACCACGACCUGGACUCCACGGUGGUGGCCCUGAGCCAGGCCCGCUUCUCCGACGGGCAGCACUGCAGCUCGGUGUGCAGCAAUGACCCCCCGUGCUUCUCGCUCGCCAUCCCGCCCAACGACCCGCGCGUCAGGAACGGCGCGCGGUGCAUGUUCUUCGUGCGCUCCAGCCCGGUGUGCGGCAGCGGCAUGACCUCCCUGCUCAUGAACUCCGUGUACCCUCGGGAGCAGAUCAACCAGCUCACCUCCUACGUCGACGCCUCCAACGUGUACGGGAGCUCGGAGCACGAGGCACGCGCGGUGCGCGACCUGGCCAGCCAGCGCGGGCUGCUGCGGCAAGGCAUCGCGCAGCGUUCCGGGAAGCCGCUGCUGCCCUUCGCUAGCGGGCCGCCCACCGAGUGCAUGCGGGACGAGAGCGAGAGCCCCAUCCCGUGCUUCCUGGCCGGCGACCACCGCGCCAACGAGCAGCUGGGCCUCACCAGUAUGCACACGCUGUGGUUCCGCGAGCACAACCGCGUGGCGACCGAGCUGCUGGCGCUGAACCCGCACUGGGACGGCGACACCCUGUACCACGAGGCCCGGAAGAUUGUGGGCGCGCAAGUGCAGCACAUCACCUACCAGCACUGGCUCCCCAAGGUGCUGGGCGAGGUGGGCAUGAAGAUGCUGGGCGAGUACCACGGCUACGACCCGGGCGUCAACGCGGGCAUCUUCAACGCCUUCGCCACCGCUGCCUUCCGCUUUGGCCACACGCUGAUCAACCCCGUGCUCCAGCGGCUGGACGAGGACUUCCAGCCCGUCGCGCAGGGCCACGUGCCGCUGCACAAAGCCUUCUUCUCCCCGUUCCGCAUCGUGAACGAGGGCGGCAUCGACCCGCUGCUGCGGGGCCUGUUCGGGGCGCCCGGCAAGAUGCGCGUGCCCUCGCAGCUGCUGAACACCGAGCUCACCGAGCGCCUCUUCUCCAUGGCGCACACCGUGGCCCUGGACCUGGCGGCCAUCAACAUCCAGCGCGGGCGCGACCACGGCAUCCCGCCCUACCACGACUACCGCGUCUACUGCAACCUGUCGUCCGCCCACACCUUCGAGGACCUGAAAAACGAGAUAAAAAACCCUGAGAUCCGGGAGAAGCUCAGACGGCUGUACGGGUCCCCCCUCAACAUCGACCUGUUCCCGGCCCUCAUGGUGGAGGACCUGGUGCCGGGCAGCCGCCUGGGCCCCACGCUGCUGUGCCUGCUGAGCACCCAGUUCAAGCGCCUCCGGGAUGGGGACAGGCUCUGGUACGAAAACCCGGGGGUGUUCUCGCCGGCCCAGCUGACGCAGAUCAGGCAGACGUCCCUGGCCAGGGUGCUGUGCGACAACGCGGACAACAUCACGCGCGUGCAGAGGGACGUGUUCCGGGCGGCGGAGCUCCCGCACGGCUACGGCAGCUGCGAGGACAUCCCCAGGGUGGACCUGCGGGUGUGGCAGGACUGCUGCGAAGACUGCAGGACCAGGGGCCAGUUCCACGCCUUCUCUUACCACUUCCGAGGCCGGCGGUCCCUGGAGUUCAGCUCCCGGGAGGAGGAGCCCACCCCGGAGGCCGGGCCCGGGAAGACGCUGAGUGUCGGGGAGCGCAGCGAGCGUCCCAGGAACGCCACCCCACCCUCCUCCGAGCACCCGCAGGGGCCGGGGACGAGCGACUUCCGGGACUUCGUCCUGGAGAUGCAGAAGACCAUCAGCGACCUCAGGGAACAGAUAAAGAAACUUGAGUCUCGGCUCAGCACGGCCGAGUGCACGGACGCGGACGGGGAGCCCCACGCGGACGGCGCCAGGUGGAAGCGAGACGCGUGCACCCUCUGCGAGUGCCGACACGGGCAGGUCACCUGCUUCGUGGAAGCCUGCCAGCCCGCCGACUGCCCCGCGCCCGAGAGAGUGGACGGAGCCUGUUGUCCGUCCUGCCCGAAGGACAGCCCGGGAGUGCGGCCUUAGACCCCUCGUGCUCCGUGCAUCCCCUGCAGGCAGCGGCCGGGGCGGGGCCUGCAGGCGGGAGGACGCCGAGGACUCGGCCGCUGCAGACACAGCGCGGGGGCUCGGAGCAGAGACUGCGCGGUGGGAGCAGACACGAGUCCUGACUUCACGUUAGAUUCUCAGGUUUUUAUUUAAUGUUUUUAACGAAAACUCGGUGCUACUAUUAAAUUGCACAGUUAAGUCAUUUAGGACCCUGCAGGGGUUCCCAGACGCCCCGUGCCUCCCGACGGACAGCCGCCCGCCAGGCCCUGGCCUGGAGCCCACGGGUGGGGGACGCGCCCAUCUGCAGAGGGGCUCCGUCUCUGGCCAGCGGAGCAGGCCCUGGCACCUGGGAACCCUGAUGCCUGCCCUUCAGCCCCCGGCACACGGGACUCAGGUCAUCGGGCCCCACUCGGAGAGCGGCUGGAGCUGGCUGCGCCUGCUGCUGGGCUGGGGGCCGGCCGGGAGACCGCCCUCCGCUCCCCCACCCACCCCGCCACCCUCGGGCUGUGCCCGCCCGGCCCAGCGCACGGCGGGCUCCGUCGGGCGUGCGCGUGCCUCGGAGGAGCAGUGCGUGCCGGAGCCUCCCCCUCGGGCUGCGUGGGCGCCCGGAGGAGCAGCGCCCUUUACCUCAGCCGCACGCCCGCCGGAGCGCGGGGCGUUGUGCGAAAGCCGCCCCGGGUGGCAGUGUCAGCUCGGCCGGGACUCGUCCUCCCCCCCAGCAGGGCUCCCCGAAUCUGGGGCCGAGCAGCUGUCACACCUCAGGGCACACGCUCUCUGACGGACCAGAGACCUCCCGUCUCCCUCUGGAAAGUUGAACCCCGGUUCUCCGGUGUCGCCCACCUCGAACAGUCUGACUCCCGGCCAGGGUGUUCCAGGAACGUUCAUCUCGGUCGUCGGACAGACUUCGGUUCUCGCCCCAGGAGCCCGCGCGUGCCGACGGCUGCAUGACGCGAACCGCUCUCCGGGGGGAGGAGCGGCGGGUGGGAGCCGGGGUUCUGCUGCGCGGAGGGGUCUGGGCUCCGGGUGGUCUGUCCCUGGGGGCUGGACGAGAGACCCGCCUGCCGCGGGGGCGCUGCGUCUCCGGGGCGGCGCUGGCCUCCCACCCUGGGCACCGUCGCAGUGGAUUUGAACCCGGUCAGCCCGACUCCUCGGCCCCGUGUCGCAGGUCGGAGUGGGCGGCGUUUCCCAGGACAUGGGACUUCGUCUGCGACACGGAGUCGAACUGAGCCGUCUGACCUGGGAGCCGGCGUCUGGGAGCCGGGAAGUGGAGGCCUGGGCCGGGAGGGGGGGCGGUUCCGCGAGGCGGCCGCAGUCCGGGCGCCCGGGAGGCUGGGCUGUGGCCGUGCAGCUGGGGCGGCACGCGGGUGGUAAGGCGCAAGGCUCGGGCAAGUGCCUGGUGGUGGUCCGUACCCUGCGGGGGCGGCUCACAGUGAGGCCAAGCCGCAGCCGCAGGCGGGGAGCCUGGGGCGAGGUGCGACCGCACGGACCGCGUGGGCCGGGCGGGAGGCGCUGGGAUGGGAAGCGAAGUAUCUGUUAUUACGUCCCCCACCGUCGCCAACAGCUCUGUGCUCGAUGUAACCAGUACGUUACCAAAGAGACGUUUGCACUAUGUAACGAUGCCUUUCAGUUCGAAUAAACGGGCCACACUUCCCCGUGGA